CCUCCUCUCAGUAAUGGCGGCCGUCCUCGUCCUCCAGGCGUAGUGGAUCUCCGGGUGAAGUCCCCGGCUGGAGGCAGCUCUGUAGCCGCUCCGCAGCGCUCAUCCUCCGGCUCGUCGCUUCGUGAGAGGCCGACACCACUUUUGAACCAGGUGGCGGCAACCACAACAUGGCGUCCGAGGCUGCGCAGUCCCGGAGCAGCCGUCAGAUGACGCGGGGCGGAGGACACCGCGUGGUGCGGGUCCGUCCUGGUUAAAGAGCCGAGGGGUUCGACGGGAAACAGACGCUGACGCUCGGACACACGUUGCUCGUCCAAACUGUGCGCGAGCCCCGCAAGGGUACUGUCUUGAAUCAUCAAACAGAUGGUUAAUAAGCGCUACCUCAAGUCAUUUCGAUGUCUGGGACCUGUUCAUGGCUCGUGAGAAGAAGAAGAAAGGCAUGGUGCUCCAUCAGGAAGGGGAACCCACCUCUGCAACAGCACCUGCAGGAAACCAUCCCUCUGCAUGCCUGGUUGUUCCCAAACUAGGGGAAGCAAGUGAAGGCGAGAUGGAGCGAAGCACCCAUGUGACCAGCGAAGAGGCAGACGGGAUUGAAGCCAACAUGUAUCCAUCGAAGGAAGGCGUCGGGACUCCUGCUGUGAAGUAUCCCACCAGUUUAAAUCCUCAUCCAGACAACCUGUCACCUGACAUCAUCUGCAAAGGAAUCAGAGUGACGCUGGACAACAACAGCAUGUGGAAUGAGUUCUUCAGAUGUAAAACAGAGAUGAUUCUGACUAAACAAGGCAGCCGGAUGUUCCCUUACUGCCGCUUUCGCAUCUCCGGCUUGCAGCCAUCUAAGAAGUACUGUCUAGUCAUGGACAUUCAACCUUUAGACAACAGUCGUUACAAGUGGACUGGCAAGAGCUGGCAGGUCGCAGGGAAAGCAGAAGGUCAAGUAAAGAGUAAACCAUUCGCUCAUCCAGAGUCCCCAUCAGCAGGUCAACACUGGAUGCAGAAUCCAGUGUCCUUCUACAAACUGAAGCUCACCAACAACAUCUCAGAGCAAGAGGGGAACACCAUCCUGCACCCCAUGCACCGCUACUCUCCACGACUGCAUGUAGUCCAAACUGACAAAGCGGCGAAAGACAUAAAGCUAAAUGCUCCUUGUGUUGUCACAUUCAGUUUCCCUCAGACUGAGUUCAUGGCAGUCACCGCUUACCAGAACUCACGUUUUGCUCAGCUCAAAGUCGACUAUAACCCGUUUGCCAAAGGACUGAAGGAGGAUGGCUCCAGUUCGCUGGGCCUAAAACUGAAACUGAACUCUGGCAAAGACUUGAAUAAAGCUGGAGGCACAACAACCACUGAACAUCGUCCUGUGAAAGAGAGCUUGAAAUGUUUGCUUGCAAACCAUAAACCAAGAAGCUCAAAAGCAAUGGAUUCAAAACUUCCGGUGUCAAGUGACCUACAGAAUUCAACCACCAGUGGAGAUCGGUCGGCUGCCCAGGCUCCAGAGGAAAGUUUGUGCAGCAGUUCACAACCAUCUCAGAAGUUAUUUUCUGAACUUAUUCGGGAGGCUCACGUUUCAUUGCAACGAUGUAACCUGGAUCAGCUGGACACAAAUCACAGCACCUGUCAGCGAGCGGAGCUAACAAACACUAAAACCACAGCUUUGGAAAGUAAAAGAGAAGAUGUCUCCAAGAAAGACCAAACACCCAGCGAAACAUUGUGUGUAAAGAACUGUGAAACUGGGUUACUGUCAAAGAGGAAAUUCAAACAGGACAGGCACAAUCUGAAUUUACACCACUGCAAGGACAAUGCUAGCUCGGAUUAUUCUGAGGUCACGAAGGUCGUUACUGUUCCAGUGGUGUCCCAGAAAACCUCUGUUGAUUCAAACCACAAACCUACACCUUCAUUUCCAUCAGAGGUGAAUAUAAAGCAGCAUAAACGACCGGCACCUCUACCUCUACCAGCCCUUGCUCUUUUUUUGAAGCAGCAUUUGACAAAGUCUAAAAAGUCCAAGAAUAGUCCAGGUCCUACUCCCCCAGUACUUUCAUCCAAGUCACAGACUUCUGCUGAGGACUCUACAUGUGUCCUCCCUGAUCAUGCCAGCAAUGCUAAUGUUCCCUUGAAAGAUCUCACAGGCAAUAUAACUAAAUUUAACAACCACGCCUCAGGACAAGCCAUUGCAGACAUUCAUCCACCUGGAAAAGCAGUUAAAGCAGCUUUUCAGUCUUCUAGUCCCUCGUGUUUAGAUGCUGUAGGCAAUGUAGAGCCAAGGGAACCAAGGGCUGAUGGUCACUUGGCCUCUAUUUCAGUAUUCGAAAACCCAGGCUCCAACAUGGCCGUACCAGAUGACAGUCCAGUGCAACCAAACUCAGAUAAGCAAAUGUGUACCCAUGGAACAUUUUCAUCCUCCAUUUGUUCAACUCUUGCUACAUCUUCUGCAUCUCCUGUGUUGUCACCGCCCCUUGACACAAUGUUAAUUGCCCUGAACUCACCACAAACACCACCAUUCACAGAGUGUUCCACACUACCCUCGGACUCCCCCACCAUAAAGGCUGAUUCUUUGCUCCCUGACCCUGAAUGUUCUCCUUUUGGCUUCAAGCCUUUGUCAGCUGCUACUUCUCCAGAGCCUUUAGCUCCCCUGCCUGCCUCGUUAGCGUUUGACCUGAACUCCACUACCUCUGAAACGACUCUGAGAGCAGCACCCCCUGAAGAGUUAUCACUAAAUGUAUACUCUACUCCAACUUUAUUAAAAUGGCAUACAGUGUUACCUACACAUGAGCCGUACAUAGACCCUUCAUACACAACAUUUCAGUCCACAUCACAGCCACUUUCUUUAGGAUCUAUCUCAUCACCUUUGUUGCCUUCUUCGACUCCCACCCACACAGAACCACAAACUCUUGAAACCUCCACAUCUAUGGCUCUGGAUGAUCCUACUUUAUCAUUUCAACAGAACGAACAGUUGCUGCCUUUCCCAGGAGAACUGUCCCCCCUUGCACUGCAGUUGCCACUGUCUCCAACUUUUUAUUCUUUAGAUGGAGAUGGAUUAUCACCUACGCCUUCAAUCGCAGACCUUGUGCAUUUUUUCUCCAACGAUGAUGACCUUGGGAUGGGGGUGGAGUUUUCAAAUUCUGAGGCAGUGGCAGCUACCUGCCCACCUCCUACAAUAGUAGAGGCAAUUGCACAUGAACCUUCUCAGAUACUCCAACCUUGCCCAGCCAAGAAACCCUGCAAGAGCAAGAAGAGGUCCUGCCAACGAAAGCUUGCCGACAUGGAUAUGGACCAGAAGGCUGAUAAUGCCACCUACACUAGCAUGAAGCCGAACCUGGAGGAAGUGGAGGAGCAGUUAUUUAUCUCAUUCACAUCCAAGGAGGCCCUCAAACUUCACAUUGCAGACUCCCCUGAGGAAACGGCCACGCAACCUUCACACAACCAGACGACACCUGAAGGUCACCUGCCACCACCGGCCAACACAACUGAGAAUGGUGACAACCUGCUAACCAUAUUAUUACAGUCAGUGAAUGAUGACGGGACGACGUGUCGGAGUCCAGCAGAGAGUCUGGAGAAGAUCAGUAGCUGUGAGAAGAUUCUCCUGACGGACCUGAAGAUGAUGAAACACAAACAGGUCAUUCACCCUGUGCUGCAGGAAGUGGGUCUGAAGAUGAACCUUCUGGAUCCCAGUCUGGCCAUAGACCUGCAGUACCUGGGAGUCUAUCUGCCCAUCUCCCCUGGAGCGUCUCAGGAGCCUGUGACCCUGGAACUGCCUCCAUCUCAGGCGUUUGUGUCCAGAACAGGAAAAACCACCGACAUCACUCAGAUUAAAGGCUGGAGAGAGAAAUUCACUGCGUCGGAGGCUCCGCCCACUCCUUCAUCAGCCACACCUGAAGCUGGUCCCAGUUCAGAUCCGCCCAAGAAGAACCUGUCGGCGUUCUGCAGCGACAUGUUGGACGAGUAUCUGGAGAAUGAGGGGAAGCUGAUUGACGAGCGAGCUGCGAGCUUCUCUCAGCCUGUGGUGGGGCCGGUGGUGUACGAGCUCCCCGCCAGGAGCACCAGCUACGUCCGAACCCUGGAUAGCGUACUGAAAAAACAUACUGCCAGCUCCCCCACCUCAGACCUCAUAUCUGGAUUCAUCCCCCCCUCCAAGAGAUCAAAACCCUCCCUCAAAGAGACCAAGACUUCCAGCAAGGAGAGGAAACACAAAGGUCCUAAAAUGAUCAAACUCAGACCUGAACCGGCGGCUGCCUCAGUUUCAACACCUGAACCAAGUCCAGCUGAACCAAACCUGGACCCUAAACAGCCUCCAGUCCCGACCUCAGCAGCCCCCCCGCUAUCAGAGCCCACGACAGCAGUCACUGAACCUCACAAAUCCAAGAAGCACCAGAAACGAAAGCUCAGUUUCAACCGCUCAGAACUGUCGACUCUGUCCCCUCGCACCCCCACCUCCACUAGGAGAAGGAAACUCAAGCCCAAGUCCUUGUGCCAGACUCUCAGCCCCCCCGGGACCACGGCCCACCUGCCGCAUGUCUCAGAGGACCUGGCUCCUCUAGAGUCGGACUCUGAGCUGGGGGCUGGUGCCGAUCAGGGCAAUGAGGACAGCAGACCUGUGAUGACCCGAGCUCUGUUUAGACAGAAGGACCUGGAGGACGGAGUGGUGUGGGAGGGCCGACCCAGGACCAGCAUCACCAUUGAGCGGGCCGCCAUUGCCCUGACAUCACUGUUCACACUAAUGGGUUUCGUCAGGGAGAAUCCCACCGCUCCCGUCCAGCUGGUCCGCAGACGAGUGCCACCCUGCCUGAAUGACUUCUGCAGGCUGGGCUGUAUCUGCUCCAGUCUGUCCCACUGCUCCAGGAUCAGUCACUGCGGCCGGCCUUGCUGCAUGUUCGGCUGCAGCUGCCUCAAACAGAAGGUCGUCCUCCUCAAGAACCUUGAUGGCUCUGACUCAAGCCCCUCCCCCAAAGGGAAGAGGAGGAGGAGGAGGAGGAGGAGGAUGAAGAUGGCUUACAUUCUAAAGGAGGCGGACAGCGUUUCCCAGCCUGCUGAGCGGGUCAGGAUUCUGUGGAGGAAGGAUGCUAGAGACUCAGAUCCAGAUCCGACAUCCGUCCCAGACUUCGCAUCUGUGCUCCGCAGCUCUGAGAGCAGUGAUAACAGCAGCUGUGCCAGGGUCAGAGGUUACAUAGGAAAGAGGAAGAGCUGGAAACAAACGGACACCAAGAAAAUCAUGAAGCCAAAAUCUGUUCAACUGAAAGAUGUGAAACAGAGAGACCUGCCCCUGAUGGAAGCAAAGACCAGUGCCCCCAGUCCUCCUGCUGCAGCUCAGCCAGUUUCCCCCGUGCGGCCUCAGAGCCCCCCCCCAGAGCCGGCCCCAAAACCCUCCAAGCGUCUGAUCAUCAUUGCCGAGUGUAAGUGGGCGAUCGACACCGACCGCAACUACGUGUUGAAGAGGCUGUGUGAGGCAAUGGCCCAGGACCGACUGGACCAACCUUUCUGGCUCCAGAAGUAUUUCAUACGUCCCACCAGUCAGAAUGUGGAGGAGAGCGGCAGAGGCUGCUGCACGCAGUACAUAGUCCACAUCACAAGACCCACUGAAGAUGGUGAGAAACCAGCAGCUCCACCAAAACCACUUCGCCUGGGAAACCAGAGGACGGACAAACCACAACUACAGGAAGAGAGCCACCUGAGACAGGUGAGCGGGGGGGCAGAGCAUUUGGAGGCUUGGCAGUGGGAGAUCACGGAGGAGGAGAAGCCUCCGGAGGACUGGCAGCAGGAGCUAGAGGAAGGUGAAGUCCAGGAGGCGAAGCCUCCGGAGGACUGGCAGCAGGAGAUCACGGAGGAGGAGAAGCCUCCGGAGGACUGGCAGCAGGAGAUCACGGAGGAGGAGAAGCCUCCGGAGGACUGGCAGCAGGAGAUCACGGAGGAGGAGAAGCCUCCGGAGGACUGGCAGCAGGAGAUCACGGAGGAGGAGAAGCCUCCGGAGGACUGGCAGCAGGAGAUCACAGAGGAGGAGAAGCCUCCGGAGGACUGGCAGCAGGAGAUCAGGGAGGAGGAGAAGCCUCCAGAGGACUGGCAGCAGGAGCUAGAGGAAGGUGAAGUCCAGGAGGAGAAAGGCUCAACACUGAUGGACAAUUGGAGCAAGAGGAGUGGGGGGGGAACGAAACGAAAGGAAAAGAAGGAGAUGGUCAGUUUGGCUCUGCCAUUUCUAACAGGAAUCUCCCCAGCUGGAUUCCUCUCAGCCAGAAGAAGACAACCGGGAGGAGCCGACCACCUGGUCCAGGUCAACGGGAAACUCUAUCCUCUGGCUAAGAUCCAGUUAGGAAAGAUGGGGGCGCUCCAUCCGGCCAACCGCCUGGCGGCCUACCUGACCGGCCGGGUGGGGUCCAGCAGGAAGCAACUAGGUUCUUCUUCGUCGUCCUCCCAAUCCUCUAAACCUCCUCAGACACAGAGUUCUGACCCGACCCCCCCAACUAACCUCUUGGCUUCCUCAAACAUCAUUGCUGCAGACUACACCCCACCCCAAACACAGCCGUCAAUCACAGCAGCUACCGCCCCCCCCUCUUCCACAGUUCUCGACCAAUCAGCGGGAGCACCUGAGGGGGCGAGGGCCGGGGCCGUUGCUGUGAGGUUGAACCAGAAUCCUGCGGCUGGGGCAGUCUCUGUGUCACCUGUCGCUUCUGGUCCUGGAGUGAAGGGCCUCCUGCCCAUCGGUCAGAGGAUGGUCCUGCAACAUGUUCACACAGCGGCAGAUGGUAGGCAGUACUACCGCCUUCCAGAUGGUAAGCUGGUCCAGCUUCUUCCCAUCAGCAAGCCCAGAGCAGUCACCACAGCUCCACUGGUUCCCAGAGGUUGUGCUCCCCCCUCAUUCCUCCCCCCUGCGACAGAUCUCCCUGUUGAAAUCCAACCACAGACCUCACUCCUCUCCUCCCCCUCCCCCCUGUCUGGCCUCCGGUCUUUCUCUGGGCCCCCCUGUCCCACCCCCCUUGGCCCGGGCACUGGUUUCCUGUCUCAGAAGACAAAGUGCACCUUUAAAAUCCUUCCUACCAACUCCAAGAAGGAAAAGAUCUUUAUCAGCUGUCCUGAACUCCCCACCCGGGUGGUGACGACUCCCAGCACCUCUCUCCAGAGCUCCUCCCACCCCCCCGCCCCCCUGUUGAGCCCUCUCUCCCUCAAACUCUCCAAAGGUCAGGGGGUAGAGCUCAACAGCAAAACCGUGAAGGUGUCAGCGGACUCUGUGAUUGCUGGUGGGCUGUCAGCCUUUCAGAAACCCACUACAUCCCAGACCUCUACCAUCUCCCUGACCCCGCCCCCUGCUUCAGGGUCAGAGGUCACACCUUUACCCCCAUCGCACCCCAUUGCUGAGCCUGAGCUGGCCUCUGACCUGGUGGACCUGGACAUAAUCUGCGUGGACAACGAGAUGGGGCUCAUUACCACAGAGACAUCGGAGGUGGUGGACCUGGCAGGGUCUUCAAGUGGAGAGACGGAAAACUCGUCAGACUUUGGAGACGAAGAUAACCAGCGAAAAGUUCACAAUUUGCUGGAGAGGAGGCGUCGAGUGAAGAUGCGUCAGAUGUUUCGAGUUCUGAGGAAGGAGGUUGGACUGACCGACGACAGAACUUCAAAGAUCUCCACGCUGAACAAGGCGGAGCAACUGAUCCAGGAGCUGAGGUGGACGGAAGCACAUCUGACAGAGAAGAAGAGGAGGCUGAUGAAGAGGAGGGACCGCUUCCUCUCAACCAUCGCUCCAACAGGAAACAACAUCGAUAAUGACAUCAUAUUCAUAUCAUCAAACGUACAGCUGCCGACUCUCCCAGUUCCUCCUACCACUGCCCAGUCCUCUACCAAACCUGUCCCCCUUCCUGCACCUGCACCUGUCCCUGUCCAGACACCUGUCCCUGUCCCCCUUCCUGUUGCUGCAUCUGUCCAGACACCUGUCCCUGUCCCUGUCCCCCUUCCUGUUGCUGCAUCUGUCCAGAUCCCUGUCCCUGUCCAGACACCUGUCCCUGUCCCUGUCCCCCUUCCUGUUGCUGCAUCUGUCCAGACACCUGUCCCUGUCCCUGUAUCUGUCCCUGUUCCUGUCCCUGUCCCUGCACCUGUCCAGAUGUCUCAGAGGAUCCUGCAGGUGUCCCAGUCCCGCCUUGCUUCUCUUGCUGUAUCCCAUAUCCCUGUGGUUCAACACCGGCCAAAGACGAUACCAAACAUCUUGUCUCACAGUAAAAGACCAGUUCCUUCAUCAUCUCUGCUCCCGACGGUUGAGGCUCCGUCUCUUCAGGUUCUGGUACCGGCUGACGUUCUGUCUCGGAUCGGUGCCGCGCUGCCAGGACAACAGAUCCUGACCCUGAAUCCGAUGACGGCUCUGCAGACGACAGCUACAGCACCAGAAUCCAGAACCUUCUCAGAGGCUUCAAACCGGCUGCACCUGCCUCAACCCCCUCAGGGGGUUUCUGCUGGACCAGUUCUCCCCUCAGACCAGAUCCUAGACCAGGCCCCAUCCUCCUCCUCCACCCUGUGUCCAGGACUGAGUGUUGAUUGUGGGGCAGAGUUCGGUUCUCUGGGUGUGGGGCCAAAGACCAGAGCCGACGGUGGCACUGAGAGUCCGACGUCCCUCAAUGAGAUCGUCUCCGUCAACCAGCGGACUGUCUCCACAGCCGGGGUCUCGUAUGAGGUGGACCACGCAGUGGGUGGAGCCAAGGAGCAGGGCCACACCCAUAGCUUGGGGUUGGACAGUGACAACAGUGCUGCCAUUGAGACAGAGCAAGGAAGUCUUCAGGGCCACACGGAGAUGACGCAGACCGGACCUCAAACUGGACCAACCGAUGGGAACAACACAGGUAAUGCCCUGGCCCCGCCCCCUCUGCUGCAGAGGAAGGUGGGAGGGGCUAAGGUGUUUGACCCUGCCAGCAGUGACAGAGCAACAGCGGGAGAGCGGAGGGAGGAGGGAGUGACGGCCUGGAGGCCGAUGCCGCGGCUGGUUCCUCUCGGGCUGAGAGGAAACCCGCCCAGCUGAUGAUGGCGCUGCCUGAUCAGUGUCUCAUUGGUCAUCGCUGUUUUUGUUAUUUCAAAUAUUAACGUCCUCGCAAACAAACAUGACACAUCUGCAAAACUGUAAAGGCCAGAAGUCGACCUGCGGUGUGUCACGUGUCUGAGUGAACUCACCUCAGGAGAGUCCUCGAUGUUUCACACCUGAACUCUGAAGAUCACCUGAGACGGGCGUGAACAGUGUCACCCCCGACCUCAACCUUCAACUUUGACCUUGACUACAACCUCGGCCUCGACUCAUCCAUCAUGAAAGUUCUUUCUCUUCAGUUUUCAAAUUAAAAGCUCACGUUGUUAACCUCAGAACCAAAUUCACCCCACAAUACAAGCAUUUUAAUGUUUUAAACCUUUUAAGGAUUAAAAAAGGUGAUUUGCUUCAUUCCAGUGUUUACAUAAUCUGAUCUGAAAUCAGUUUUCUAACUUUCAUUUUAAAGUCGUCAAGAAAGUGCCCUGCAAAAGAAUAUCUAUAAAAAUAAAGAAAUAGUUUGAGUCUCACAAAUCUUCAACCUGUUUUCUCUCAACAUAUAAGUUCUCUAAGUCUCAUCUCUUUGUGACGUUCUACAUUAUUGUUAUCUGUCCAUGUUAUUGUGAAUGUGGACAAACUUUUUUUAUUCUGACUUUUUUUAUCCUAACCCGAACCGUGUUUGAAGGAUUAAAGACGAGUGAGAACAGGAAGUCUCCGCUCGGUGUUGGAUGAAGACGCAGCUGCUUCUUGUUGACUUAAAUGAUGUUGUACAGUUUGUUUUUCUUACAUUUGUAUUUUUGUACUUGUGAAAGAAACUUUCUGAUGUAAAUAUAAUUUGUCUGAUCGCAGAAACAUCAGUGUUCAACACUAAUAUAAAUAAAGUUUGAAUAUGGA